AUUGUCAGCUCACAAUUAUUUUUAGGCUCAGCCCUAUGUAUAUGGACAUGGUAUUUAUUCCCCGAAGGACGCAGACUUACAUAUUCGCCCUUUGAGCUCUCUGUCUCUCUCCUCUCUCCCCUUCCUGACUCUUCCCAUUGCUCUUCACCUCCUUUUAACCUUUUGCUCCAUUUUCUCUCUCUACGUCCCUUUCCCAGUUCUAGCCUCUCUCACUACCCCUUUUCUCUGCCCUUCUCUCCCCAUCUCUGCCUCCUUUUCUUGUAAUUUUCUCUCUGAUGGAGAUUCGAGUAAUUCAUUUUGAGCUCCAAAAGGGAAACAUCAGCAAAUCUUGUAUCAUAGAGGAGAUAGUGAAAAUGGAGAAGAAGAUAUUUCCAAAGCAUGAAUCCUUGGCUUCCUCUUUCUAUGAAGAGCUGAGGAAGAAGAACUGUGGCCUCCUUUACUCCCCUUUGACUGUCAAUGGAAAGGAAGAGGGAGUUGCAGGUUAUGUCCUGUACUCAUGGCCUUCUUCCUUGUUUGCCUCCAUCACCAAAAUUGCAGUGAGAGAAAGUUGCAGAAGGCAAGGGCAUGGAAAGGCAUUGAUUGAAGCAGCAAUUGAAAGAUGCAGAAGAAGAAAGAUAAAAAGAGUUUGCCUCCAUGUUGAUCCUUUGAGGACCCCUGCUCUUUCUUUAUACCAAAAACUAGGGUUCAAAAUUGACAAGAUAAUCCACUCCUAUUACUCUCUUCAAAGAGAUGCUUAUAGGAUGUACUUGGAUUUUGAUGAUUGAAUUUUAGUGCCCCUUGAAUGUGUUGCAAAUAUGCACUAUUUCUAGAAUUUACAAAUAAAGUUUCAACAAGGUAUAAA